UGUCUAUAAUCGAACAUAUAAUUUUUCGAGAACCCACAAAACCGAAGAAUAAAAAGUCGAAAGGGAACUUAAUUUGUUAUGGCCAGACAAAGAAUGAUUACAGUUGAGUCGCCAAAGAAGAAAAUGGGUGGAAUUGUGAAGCUCAAGAAUGUUGUAGAAAAGUUGGUGCAGAUCAAAGGCUUUUCCUCGGCCAAGAAACAUUGUUCCAACGAAUACGGCCGUGACCGUGUCCCAAAAGAUGUGAAGGAAGGUCAUUUUGCGGUGAUAGCCGUUGAUGGAUAUCAUGAGCCUACGCAAAGAUUUGUUGUCCCAUUAAUGUUUCUAGAACACCCGAUGUUUAGGAAGCUUCUAGAACGUGCGGAGGAGGAGUACGGGUUCUAUCCUGAUGGAGCCAUCAUGGUACCUUGCCGGCCAAGCCACCUCCGGACGAUAUUGACCGAACAAUGGUGCUAGAGUUUCUAGCUGUAGUUCUUAUUAUAUAUGGUCUACUUCAUUUUAAACGAUAAAAACUGAAUUGGUUUAAGAGGGACUCCAAAGCUCUCUGUAAUUCAAGCUUUUAACUAACGAAUAAUUUAUGUCUUUUUUUUUUUUUAA